CAGCCAUUCAUUCGACAUAGCUCGUCGCGCAUACUGACAGGUAGUUACGUAUGAUUAUUUGUCUAAUUUUAACAACAUUUAGACGAAAUUUCCGUGGUAUAGUCGUUAUCUCUUAGCCCGUUGAAUUCCCCCCUCUUCCCCUCCCAACAUGGCUGCAGACUCGAUGGAGAUUGACGAUUCUCUUUACAGCCGCCAGCGAUAUGUGCUGGGAGACAGUGCUAUGCACCAGAUGGCCCAAUCCUCAGUCUUUCUCAGUGGAAUGGGAGGACUUGGAAUUGAGAUAGCAAAGAACAUUGUCCUGGCUGGUGUGAAGGCAGUCACCCUUCAUGACACAAAACAGUGUGAGACCUGGGAUCUGGGCUCCAACUUCUUUAUCCACAAAGAGGAUGUGAUGAGCCAGCGGAGGAGAGUGGAGGCAGUUUGCCCUCGGGUAACAGAGUUGAACCCUUAUGUCCAUGUUGACAUGUCUUCCUGUGCUCUGGAUGACACCACUGAUCUCAGCUUUCUCAGAAAAUAUCAGUGUGUGAUUCUGACUGAAGCCAGACUGAGCCUACAGAAGCGAGUGAAUGAGUUCUGCCACUCGCAACAACCCCCCAUUAGAUUCAUUGGCUGUGAUGCAUAUGGCAUCUGUGUGCGGGUGUUUUGUGAUUUUGGAGAGGAGUUUGAGGUUUCUGAUCCCACAGGAGAGGAGCCCAAGGAGAUUUUCAUCCAAAGUAUCACUCAGGACAAUCCUGGGGUGGUAACCUGCAUGGACAACCAACCGCAUGGCUUACAGACAGGCCAGAGUGUUGUCUUCAGAGAGGUCAAUGGCAUGGUAGAACUCAACGGCACUGCAAGACAGGUUUCAGUCCUCUCCCCCCACAGUUUUACAAUAGGAAACACAUCCGAACUUCAGCCAUAUGCACAUGGAGGUUUCUUUGUUCUGGUGAAAACCCCCAAGACGUACACAUUUGAGACAAUGCAGAGACAGCUGUGUGAUCCUCAGCUCCUGACUCCUGACUUCAGUAAACCAGAGGCCCCGCUACAGAUCCAUGCAGCCAUGUUGGCUCUGGACACCUUCCAGGAGCAGCACAGUAGACUUCCCAAUAUUGGGUGUUUACAGGAUGCUGAGGUUUUACUGAAGCUAACCGAAGAACUGAAUGCAACUCUCGGAAACAAAGCUUCUGUGAAUACUGAGCUGGUGCGCUGUCUCUCGAGAACAGCAAGGGGAACUCUUCAUCCAUUAGUAGCUGCUGCAGGAGGCCUAGCCAGCCAGGAAGUUCUUAAAGCCAUCACAGGGAAGUUUGCGCCACUGCAGCAAUGGUUUUACCUUGAUGCCAUCGAGGUGGUCAGACCACUUCAGUCUGUUCCUGCUGAGGAAUUUUUCCCGAGGGGCGAUCGGUAUGAUGGCCUACGAGCUUGCAUUGGUGAAUCAAUGUGUCUAGAAUUACACAAGCUCAGGGUCUUCAUGGUGGGCUGCGGUGCCAUCGGCUGUGAGAUGCUAAAAAACUUUGCCCUUCUUGGAGUGGGGUUGGCCAAGAGCUCAGGAGAGGUAUGCAUCACAGAUCCAGACCUUAUAGAAAAGUCCAACCUCAAUCGUCAGUUUCUCUUCAGACCACAUCAUAUACAGAAACCGAAGAGUACCACAGCAGCAGAAGCCACUCGCAAUAUCAAUCCAGACCUGCAGGUGGAAGCUCACCUCAACAAGGUGUGUCCGGCUACUGAGAGCAUCUACGACGACUCCUUCUAUUCUUGCCUGAACCUGGUGGUCACUGCGCUCGACAACGUGGAGGCUCGGAGAUAUGUAGACAGUCGCUGCGUAUCCAAUCAGAAACCUCUCCUGGAUUCUGGCACCAUGGGGACUAAAGGACACACAGAAAUCAUUGUGCCCAAUCUGACGGAGUCCUACAAUAGCCAUAGGGACCCCCCAGAAGAGGAGAUACCAUUCUGCACUCUCAAGUCUUUCCCUUCUGUCAUUGAGCACACCAUUCAGUGGGCCAGAGACAAGUUUGAGAAUGCUUUUGCCCACAAGCCCUCUGUGUACAACUCGUUCUGGCAGACCCACCCCUCACCUGAAGUGGUGCUGCAGAGGAUGCAGGCGGGGGAAAGUCUGGAGGGGUCAUUCCAGGUCAUUAAGCUGCUGAGCAGACGGCCUAGUCAUUGGGAACAGUGUGUCGCUAUUGCCCGUCUGAAAUUCGAAAAGUAUUUCAAGAGAAAGGCUCUGCAGCUGUUGCACUCCUUCCCCUUGGACACAAGGUUAAAAGAUGGAAGUUUGUUUUGGCAGUCCCCAAAAAGACCUCCAGCACCUCUUGAAUUUGACUUGAAAGACUCAUUACACUUCACAUUCAUCGUCAGCACCGCUCGGCUCUUUGCAGCAAUUUAUAACAUCCCUUACUCGGAAAAGGAUUUCUGUGAAGAGGAGGUAACCAGGAUUCUCUCAGAUGUCAAGAUUCCCGAGUACAGGCCCACACAGAAAUGUAUAGAGACGGAUGAGACGGCAAAGAAGCCCGAUCUGAUAAAGGGGCCUCUAAGCAGUGAAGAGGAGAGGGAGGCCAUCACACAGCUGGAGCAGGCCAUUGCUACUGACGCUGUCACGCCAGAGAGGUUACAGUUGAGUCCACUGCAGUUUGAAAAGGACGAUGACAGCAAUGGCCACAUGGACUUUGUCGCAUCAGCCUCUUCUCUCAGAGCCAGGAUGUACUCUAUUGAGCCAGCUGACAGACUCAAGACCAAACGCAUUGCCGGAAAGAUCAUCCCUGCCAUUGCCACGGCAACAGCUGCUGUGGCUGGACUGGUGGCCCUUGAGUUGAUUAAGGUGGUAGGAGGAUAUGAGUUUGAAUCUUUCAAAAACUGCUUCUUCAACUUGGCCAUCCCUGUAGUGGUGCUCACUGAGCCUGCCGCCGUUAAAAGGACACUCAUCAGGGAUAACAUCUACUUCUCCAUCUGGGACUGUUGGACUAUCUUUGGCCAUGAGGACUUCACUCUCUCUGACUUCAUGAAUGCAGUGAGGGAAAAGUAUGGCAUUGAACCCACUAUGGUCGUCCAUGGUGUGAAGAUGCUCUAUGUGCCUGUGAUGCCGGGACACUCGAAGAGACUCAAACUAACGAUGCAGAAGCUGAUCAAGCCAUCGGUGGACCGUCGUUACGUUGACCUCACCGUGUCAUUUGCUCCAGAGGCAGACGGAGACGAUGACCUCCCUGGUCCUCCAGUAAGGUACUUCUUCAGCCGCAGUGGAGAGACACCCUGACACCUUCCUUGAUGUCGUCCUCAAACCUCUUGUGUCCUUAUGACCCUUCUUUCAUGUAAAUUGUUGUACCCCAAUAACCUGGGUCCUGGCCAAGAGCUUUCUCUCAGGAUGCUAUCUUACAAGGGCAAAGCUCCUGGCCCUAGCCCAAGCCCCCCUGUCAUUCAUGGAGCAAGAAAGGCAAGUCCUGGUCCCAGUUUUUCUUGUCCCAGAUCUAGCCAGUGGAACACGAGGCUGCUUGUGUAGCACUUAACUGUACCUGUGUAUAUAUAUUUUCUCUGUUCUGUUUUCUACUCUGGUUAAAUGCGCAGCUCUGCCUGUGUUGAUGCCUUAAUUGAUUAACCUUUUUCUGUUUGCGGCAGUGAGUCUCACUAAAAAUUAUGUUUACAGAAACCUGCAUACUCCAAUACACAUCCCAGUGAGUGUCAUUUCAAGUCAAGCUAGCUGGGCACUAAAGGGGAUGGUGGUAGGACUAAUGGGGCAGUGAAGUUGGUAGGCAUCACAACAUCUGCUUCCUCAGAGUCUUCUUAUUGGCUUAGAAACUAUUGUCAACCACAAAACUUGCCAGAUGUUGGUUAUAUCCCCAUGUAGAAACAGAUCAAGCCAAUAUUUUGUUGCAUAAUUUGAGAUGCAACAGUCAGUGGACAACAGCGAAAACCACCAAAGAUAGUGAUUAUCAUUGUGUCUGCAGAUUAUUGUCCUCUUUUACAAUCACUUUCACUGCCUCAUAAAAACGUGUUUAUAUCACAGGAGAUGAGUAUUGCUGAAACAUUUAAGAGCAACAUACACUGGCAGCGUCUUGAGGUGUGUCAUCACAGGCUGAUUCAUGUCUACUCUGUGGGAUGUCUUAUUGUCCUACUGAAGUGCAUCAGUGCUUCACAGAGGCAAAAAAAAUUAUCACUGUUAGUUGACAUGCAUCAAAUGACGCAGCAGAUGUGUGUCGAACUGUGGGCGAACCACCUACUCAUUGUAGCUGCUAGUCAAAGUCAUCUUGUUCAUUACUUAAUGACAGGACUUACAUCACCAAACACCUUUGGGUAAACAAUAUGUUCUUCAUGAGGAUACGUAAUGGCAUGAGUUCACUUAAUGUUUGACAUGAAAUGUCUGUACAAACAUCUGGCAUCACACUCCUGUUUUAAAAGACCUUUUUAAAAAAAAAAAAGAAAAGAAAAAAGGCUUAGCUGUUCAUGAUUGUUUUGUUGUAUUUGUUCAUGGAUGAUUGUCCAUGACAUGUAUUUAUUUACUCGUUACUCAUUUUUUUGUCACUUUUUGUGUCAAACUGAGCCUGUGUUGAUGAGCUCUUUUGAGUCAUGGUGCACUGGUUAAUUGUGAAUCAACAAUGAGCAAAAGUAAUCCUAAAGGUGUAUAUCAAGGGGUGUAACAUUGCCCUGUUAGUUUGUUCCAGUUGAAGGUUGUGAAAAUGCUCUUUGAAGAAAUCUGCAUUGGCUCAAACUGGCAAUAAUGUCAAGGUAGUUUUCAAUGGAAUCAUUUAAAAAUGUAACUUUGUAUUAAGGUUAUUGAGAGCCACCUGACAGUCUACCUGUAAUGCAGAGACAGGUUAUUAUCAAAACAACUGGGACUGAAGUCACACAAACUGCUUCCUGGACCACGUUUAUUUUUCUUCCCUUAAACAGAGGUGAACAAAAGAGUGUUAAUGAAUGACAAAAAUUAUGAUGAUGUAUGUUCUUGUGACAGAAAACCCAUCAACCAAUGGUCCAAUAAAAUGUGAGAUUUCAGGAUGUCCUCUGGA